AUGGGCGUGCUGGGCCAGAGGUUUCGCAGGCACAGCCCGGCCAGGAGCUCGCCGUCCUGGCUGUGCCGCUGCUUUGGCAGCCGCCGCGGGGAAGGAGGGGACAAAAGCUCUGCCUUGCUGGCUGCAGACGGGCAAGUUCACACACCCAGAGCCGGGCGGCUGCGGGGCACAUGCCGAGGGAACGCGGUGGGGGCGGCGGGCGGGCGGGUCCCGGAGACGGCGCUGGGGUCUGACGGUGCGGCGUCUGCCCGGGACGAUGGCCUCGCGCUGUCCGCGCUCAAGCGCCUGCAGCGAUCGCAGCGCACGGACCGUCUGGACGCGCUGUUUGGCUUCGAGCGGCCACCGGAGCCUGGCGAGCGCACGGGCUCGCUGAGCAACACGCAUCCGACGGAGGUGCUGGACGAGGACCGGCGGUCCGUGAGCGCUGUGGAUUACUACUUCAUCCAAGAGGACGGAGCCGCUUCAACGUCCUUGCCCUACAAGCCCUACUUCUGUGUUGCUACCCAGAAGGGCUGCGAGCUAGAAGCGUCCUCCUUCCUCUCCAAGAAAUUCCAAGGGAAGAUUGCGAAGCUGGAGACUGUUCCCAAAGAAGAUUUGGACCUGCCAAACCACUUGGUAGGCCUGAAGAGGAACGACAUCAAGCUGUCCUUCAACACGGUGGAUGAGCUGGUGAAGGUGAGGAAGGAGAUCUCACCUGCUGUAAGGAAGGACAGAGAGCGAGACGCUGCGAGCGACGUCUACGCAGCCACGUUGGCAAGUGCUCUGAGUGGAGGUAGCCUGAGCACAGAGGAAGAAGGGGCUUCCAGAGAGGUUGCCAGCCAGAUGGACAACAUUGUGGAUAUGUGGGAGUACGACGUUCCCUACCACGUUCGUCUCUCCAUUGACCUGAAGAUCCACGUGGCUCACAGGUACAACGUGCGGUGCCGGGGCAACACCUUCCCCCCCAGAAUCAUCCGUCGGGACGAUUUGGGGGAGCGGCCGGAUCCCGUCGUUCUCGCCUUUGACCCUGAAACUACCAAACUGCCUUUGAAGUUUCCUGAUGCAGAGACAGACCAGAUCAUGAUGAUCUCCUACAUGAUUGAUGGGCAGGGCUACCUGAUCACAAACAGGAAGAUUGUCUCUGAGGAUAUUGAGGACUUUGAGUUCACUCCCAAGCCAGAGUACGAGGGUCCGUUUUGUGUCUUUAAUGAACCAGAUGAGGCUCAUCUGAUCCAGAGGUGGUUUGAACACGUCCAGGAGACCAAACCCAACAUCAUUGUCACAUAUAAUGGAGACUUCUUUGACUGGCCCUUUGUGGAAGCGAGAGCAGCAGCUCAUGGAAUUAAUAUGUAUUGGGAAAUUGGAUUUCAAAAGGACAGCCAGGGAGAGUACAAAGCAUCCCAGUGCAUCCACAUGGACUGUGUGAGGUGGGUGAAGAGAGACAGUUACCUCCCAGUGGGAAGUCACAACCUGAAAGCAGCAGCUAAAGCAAAGCUGAGUUACGACCCCGUGGAGCUGGACCCCGAAGAGAUGUGCCAGAUGGCUGCAGAGGAGCCUCAGACCCUGGCCACCUAUUCAGUGUCUGAUGCAGUUGCCACCUACUACAUGUACAUGAAGUAUGUGCACCCUUUCAUUUUUGCCCUGUGCAUCACCAUCAUCCCCAUGGAGCCUGACGAGGUGUUAAGGAAAGGAUCUGGGACACUGUGCGAGGCAUUGCUGAUGGCUCAGGCCUAUCACGCCAACAUCAUCUUCCCCAACAAGCAGGAGCAGGAAUUCAACAAGCUGACAGACGAUGGGCACGUGCUGGACUCGGAGACGUACGUGGGAGGCCACGUGGAAGCUCUGGAAUCUGGGCUCUUCCGCAGUGACAUCCCCUGCCGCUUCAGAAUGAAUCCUGCUGCCUUUGACUUCCUGGUGCAGUAUGUGGAGAAGACGCUGCAACACGCCGUUGAGGAGGAGGAGAGUUUGCCUUUGGACCAAGUCACCAACUUCCAGGAGAGACUGAAGGCGAUUGACCCUCCUGCCCUGUGA